UAGUUAUAGUUAGUUUCAAUUGAGAAGAGACAAGGUAGUAUAAUGGAAUUGGUAAAAUACAGAGUUAGAAUUACCCCUAUAUACUCCAAAGCUGUUUCCUGGUUGUACAUCUUAGGUGACCAAACUGGACUGUAAUUUUUUCUAAAUCGCCAAGUCAAGGAAAUUUGUCAUUCUUGGGGUGACUCCUAUCUUAAAACUAUAGAAAUAUGACUGUCAUUAGCACUAGUCAGACAAGUUUCAUCUUAGUUGUUCGCUACAUCUUUCCCAGCCCAUAAAAACCAAGCUGCAACACUGGAUGUAGCACAUAAGUCAAAAGCUACAUCAGAAGGUUCUAACUUUUAUCAUCACUAUUACCAGCAUCAUCACCGUUAUCGUUAUCUUCAUCAUCAUCAUUACCACCAUUAUACCUGAUACUCCCACAACAUCAGAACAUUAUGUACAGGCACGGCAUAUCUUCCCAAAGAUCUUGGCCACUGUGGACUACGAUCUUUACUUUUCUUGGAGUGGCAGCACUCUUGGGAGUAACUAUUGGUCUUCUUGUUCAUUUUCUGGCAGUUGAGAAGACUUACUAUUAUCAAGGUGAUUUUCAUAUUUCUGGAGUCACAUACAAUGACAAUUGUGAAAACGCAGCUUCACAAGCCAGCACAAAUCUAAGCAAAGAUAUUGAGACUAAGAUGUUAAAUGCAUUUCAAAAUUCCAGUAUAUGUAAGGAAUAUAUCAAAUCUGAGGUCAUCAAACUUCUGCCUAAUGCCAAUGGUUCAAAUGUACAGUUACAGCUGAAAUUCAAGUUUCUUCCAGCAGAGAGAGUUAGCAUGAGGACUAAAAUCAAGGCUAUAUUACAUCAGAUGUUGAAAAACAACAUGGCAUCCUGGAACGCAGUUCCCGCUUCCAUUAAACUCAAGGAAAUCAGCAAGGCUGCUUCUGAAAUGCUUACCAACAACUGUUGUGGGAGACAACUAGCCAACAGUAUCAUAACUGACAACAGAAUUGUGAAUGGAAAAAAUGCCCUGUUGGGGGCAUGGCCAUGGCAGGCCAGCAUGCAAUGGAAAGGCCAUCACUACUGUGGAGCCUCUCUGAUCAGCAGCAGGUGGCUAUUAUCUGCAGCUCACUGCUUUGCUAAGAAAAAUAAUUCAAAAGAUUGGACCGUCAACUUUGGAAUUGUAGUAAAUAAACCAUAUAUGACACGGAAAGUCCAAAACAUUAUUUUUCAUGAAAAUUAUAGCAGUCCUGGGCUUCAUGAUGAUAUUGCCCUUGUGCAGCUUGCUGAAGAAGUUUCUUUUACGAAGUACGUUCGCAGGAUUUGUCUUCCUGAAGCCAAAAUGAAGCUCUCAGAAAAUGACAGUGUUGUUGUUACAGGAUGGGGAACACUUAACAUGAAUGGUUCAUUUCCAGUGAUACUUCAAGAAGCCUUUUUGAAGAUUAUUGACAACAAAAUUUGCAAUGCCCCGUAUGCAUACUCUGGCUUUGUGACUGAUACAAUGUUAUGUGCUGGAUUUAUGUCAGGAGAAGCUGAUGCAUGUCAGAAUGAUUCUGGUGGACCACUAGCUUACCCUGAUUCCAGAAAUAUCUGGCAUCUUGUUGGAAUAGUAAGCUGGGGUGAUGGAUGUGGUAAAAAGAAUAAGCCAGGUGUCUAUACUCGAGUGACUUCUUAUCACAAUUGGAUUAUAUCCAAGACUAGACUCUGAAAGAAAAGGAAUUAUACAAAGGAACAUAAAGACAACUGCAGGCUAUCCUUAUCUGUGGCUUUGGGAUAUUUUUAUUUUGAUUGUUGGUAAACUAAUUGUUUUAUUAUACAUAAAAAUAUAAAUGUUUUUGUUAAUAUUUUGUUAUAUCUAAAACACUGUCCUUGUAUUUAUUAAUCUUUUAAAUUAAUGUAAGAGAUAGGAAGACGCUGGGUGUAGUGCCUUAUGCCUAUGAUCCUAGCACUUUGGGAGGCCAAGAUAGGCGGAUUGCUUGAGCCCAGUAGUUUGAGGGCAGCCUGGGAAACAUGACUAAAUCUGUGUUCAAAAAAAAUACAAAAAUUAGGUAGGCACGGUGGCAUGCACCUGUAGUCCCAGCUAUUCAGGAAGCUGAGGUGGGAGGAUUGCUUGAGCCCAACAGGUCGAGGCUGUGAUGAUUUGUGAUUGCGCCACCACUGCACUCCAGCCUGGGCAACAGAGUGAGACCCUGUCUCAAAAAAAAAAAAAAAAAAAAAAAAAAGAGAGAGAGAGAGAGAGAAGAAAAUAAAGAAGGCUAAUAUAUAAUUUUUCUUCAUAACUGAGUUGUGAUUCAUUUUACCAUUAUAUUCAGAAUUGACCUUAAUUUGUUUUGCAGAAUCAAAAGAAAAUAAAAUAUCAAUUUUGAAAGUAUGAGAACAUAUAUAGGGAAUUUAUCAAAUGAGUUACUUUUUAAUUAUAUCAAUUAUAAUUUCAUUUUGUUAAACUGGAAUAUGUGUGACAGUGUAAAUUAAUUUUUUAUUUAUAUGUGAAAUGAUUCAUGUACCUCAUAAAAUCAUGCAAUCUUGCAGUGAAGAAGGAGUAUCAGAGGUUCAACUAGACUGAGCCUUUCAAUUUACAGAUCAAGAAACGGAAGACCAGAGAAGAGAAAUGAUUUGCUUAAAGUCACUCUCCAUCAUCUGUGAUAAGUUGAUAAAUUUAUCCUUACACAAAUUUGUCCUCAUUGAGUUUAGAUCCAAAAUUUGUCAGGAAUUAAAGAAUGACUUUUGAGUGGCAAUUAUUUAUACAACAUUUUCUUCAUAUUCAUCUUUUGUCAUUUGCUUUUGCUUGCAGCAAAAUCAUAUGAGGUCAUCAAGGGUGGAGAACUGUGUGGCAUCUCCUUAUAGUAAAAGUGCAAUCAUAUGGAUGGCUAACUUUGUAAUCUCUACAAAUAAUUUACCUUAUGUAAUUUUCCAAAUGUAAAAGUCACCAAAAAUUUAAAGGCCAUUAAAAUAAACUAAAAAAAUACUCCUUUCUUCA